CACGUCAGCUUUGGGUGCUGGACACAUUUCGGCGUCGCACACACUGCACUUCCUGGUGCUGCUAUUUUGAUAUCAACCGAUGUGAUAGGUUUUAUGCCAAACGGUAGUAACAUUUUGAUGUUUUUGACAUUGUCAUAUUCGGAAAACUUAUGCGAAUCAUUACCGACUGAAGGGAAUCUCGAAUUGUUGCUGUUCGGUUCUUUAAUUCAGCGAUUUGUGAUCUGUUUGUUUGAAUCGGCAUGCUCUCAUCGUCACUAGCAGGAUCAGGUUGGCUGAACGUGUGUUGUGAGUGGAAGGUACAGGUUGUAACCGGCUACAUAGAUACGGAGGUGACAGUUCAAGGAGAGCUUCGUAUAUGAGCAUGUACCAGUGUAUUUCACGGCGGGUGUGUAAGGAUGGCCAGUUUACAGAGGAGUAUAAAGUGCAGUGAUUUGCCGGGGGCGCAGCAGGUUUGAUGCCCAUGUUCCAACAUGAACGGACGGCAGAGGAAACUGGCAGGUGCCAAUGUCCCAACCGACAUUAUGAGGGGUACGGGCAGAGGAGAAUCAAGCUCCUCUGAACCAGAACUUGAAGAGGAAGUAGAGGGUCUUAUCAAAGAGUCAGACUCUGAGGACAGAAGGCACAGAGUCCAGCCUGGGAUUCGUGGCGAGUUGACCAAUGUAUUGCUUCUUCUGUUCCUUUAUGUGCUACAAGGAAUUCCUCUGGGACUGGCUGGUAGUAUUCCUCUGAUCUUACAGAGUAAGAAUGUGAGUUAUAAAGAUCAAGCAUUCUUCAGUUUUGUCUUCUGGCCAUUUAGUCUCAAGCUUCUCUGGGCACCACUGGUGGAUGCUCUCUACUUCACUAGAUUUGGUAGAAGGAAGUCAUGGCUGGUUCCCACACAGUACCUGCUUGGCCUCUUCAUGAUCUACCUCUCUAUGUCAGUCGAUUUGCUGCUGCAGAGCGAAGGAGGCCCAAAGGUGGUGACACUUACUGCAGUCUUCUUCAUGCUUGCCUUCUUGGCAGCAACACAGGAUAUAGCUGUUGAUGGUUGGGCCCUGACAAUGUUAUCCAGACAGAAUGUGGGCUAUGCUUCUACGUGCAACUCUGUGGGCCAGACAGCCGGCUACUUCUUAGGAAAUGUGCUUUUUCUGGCACUGGAGUCUGCUGACUUCUGCAACAAAUACCUCAGAGUAGUGCCCAAAGAUACAGGCAUUGUCACUUUGUCAGACUUCUUGUUUUUCUGGGGGAUGGUGUUCCUGGUUUCCACCACAUUGGUUGCCAUCAUUAAAAAGGAAAAUGAGCAUGGCAAAGGAAAGAGGAGAGUGCAUGAAGAGACACAGGGCGUCAUGGAAACCUACAAGCUGCUGUUCUCUAUCAUCAAAAUGCCCACAGUCUUCACCUUUUGCACCCUGCUUCUCACUGCUAAAAUUGGUUUCUCUGCAGCCGAUGCAGUGACCGGUCUGAAGCUAAUAGAAGCAGGAGUUCCCAAGGAGCAGCUGGCACUGCUGGCUGUGCCCAUGGUUCCUCUACAGAUCCUGCUACCUGUAAUCAUCAGCAAAUACACAGCAGGGCCCAGACCUCUGGAUAUCUUCUACAAGGCAUUCCCCUUCAGGUUGCUCAUAGGACUGGAGUAUGCUUUCCUGGUGUGGUGGACCCCAAGUGUUAAACAAGACGGAGGCUUCCCUCUGUACUACUACGCCAUUGUGCUGCUUAGCUAUGCAUUGCAUCAGGUGGCGUUGUACAGUAUGUAUGUGGCCUGCAUGGCCUUCCAUGCCAAAGUGAGUGACCCCCUCAUUGGAGGGACCUACAUGACCCUGCUGAACACCGUCACAAAUCUCGGUGGAAACUGGCCGUCCACUGUGGCUCUGUGGUUGGUGGAUCCACUGACCUCUAAGGAGUGUCAGGGAGCUGAGGCCCAAAGCUGUGGCUCUAUAGAGGAGUCAGGGCUCUGUGUAAAGGAGGGCGGUGCUUGUGUGACCACAUUGGACGGUUACUACGUGGAGUCGGUGGUGUGUGUAGUUAUUGGUUUAGCUUGGUGGGUGUGGUUAGGGAAGAAAAUGAGGCAGCUGCAGGAGCAGAGUCCAGCUGCGUGGAGGUGCAGAGCUGAUCAGUGACAACACUUGACCACUGACUCUCUUCUUCUUAUUUUCUUUCACACUCUGUUUCCAACAAUGACUGAAAGGUUGGAAAUAAGUAAGUCCACCCAUAUCCAUUUGUGUAGUCCAUCUGGUCACACUCAAGAUGCUACAUUUAGAAAGCAAUGUUUCACACAAUUGGUAUCAUGAAGUACAUACAUUUGAUGAAAGAUACUGUUGUCUUUGAGAGGAUAAAUCCUUAUGGCUUUUCUUCCCAACUGUAACAGAGGCCUCAAAUGUAAACAAGCUGUUAGACUAGCUAAGAACUUUUACACAUAAUGUUGACUUUUCUUUUAAACCGUUCUCUGCUGCUCAGAACAACAAACCAAAACAUUGCUAAGUCUAGGUUUAACCUGCUUUAAUGUACACAUUACUGAGUUUACUUAGUGUCAACACAUGUUUUUGGUGCAGGUUUUGCAUUUGGCCCAAAUUGCAACAACAACCUUUAAAUGAGCACUAAACUCAGCUCUUGUGACUUUGCCUUCCUGCUAUAUAGCACAUCAAUAAUAAAAGGAUACUUAAGGGAAAGUCCAGGCAAAACACACAAAUGUGCACCUGCAUACUGACUAUAUGCACCUUUCAAGAACUGUCUGGAUUAUGUUCAGUCCACUCUCUGUUAACCAAAGCAGGUUAAACCCAGUGUCAAGAAUCAGUUCUGCUUGUAUCUCUUAUUUCAUCUUUUCUUUUUACAUCUUGAAGUAAUUUGUGCCUUGGUACGUUUUUCUAUUGAGCAACUUUGAGGUAAUCUUGUUGAAGCUGCAGUUGAACUGUAAAGGUGGGCUAGGGAAGACUUUAUUUUGGUAAACAGAAACAUGAUUGGUUGCAUAACCCAGUUUUUUCCCCCAUUAUUUUACACAUUAAAAGAUGCAUUCCUUAUAUACAUGUAUGCAUAAAAUAUAACAAAUGUUAUCAAUCACUCCUUCUGUAGUUCUGGAAUAUUUCAUACUGUAGCUGUCUUUUUUUUCUCAGACUUUCCUGAAAUCUGGUCAGUUUUACAUAGGAUCAUCAUAGGAUUCAAUCUUUCAAACUAGUAUGACAGCUAGCUUUUAAAUGUUCACCUUUGUUAUCAAAAGGGUUUUAUUAUUAUUUUUACCAAGUUGCAACAAGAAUAUAUACUCAAGACGUACAUAUUUUAUUUUCUAGAUCUGCUUUUUUGUUCUCGCAGCAUUAUUAUCUGUAAAUGCAACAUAUUAUUACAGAGAUCAUCAUUCUGGAAAGCUUUGUAGUGGAGAAAAGGAUUGGAAUAAAACUGUACUGUCAUUUUAUAUCCUGCAAAAUACAACUCUGAUCCCCAAGCAGCAGCAGCCCUGAUGUCAAUAUGACAAACAAACGCCUGGUUAAUGUUUUGUAAAUUGUACAUAGUAGUACAUGUUGCAGUAUUUCCUCUAAAGCCAGCAUUGAACAUCCAACUGCUUUGUCAAAUGUUAAUGUUUAAGCACACAAUCAGGGUUCAUGUUGGGAUAUCAGACUGAAGUUUGGAUUUCUUAUGCCUUAUUUAUGAUUUAAAUAUUGUUUUUUUCUUUUUAGCUGCCUUUCAGUUUUGUCUGACUCUGCUGUCAUCUGUAAUGGGACUUUCAUACUCAUUUUUCCAGCAGGUCAGUGUAGUAUGACAUGUCUUACUAAAAGCCCUCAAUGCCGUUAACAUGGCACCACUACAUCAAUUUUCUCUGAACAUUUGGCUUCUUGAAAUUUGUAUUUUAGGAUGUUUUUUUGGAUCACUAAGGUCUGACUUUUUUGUAUUGGUAAAUUAUCUCAGUUUACAGAAAUGUUUUGUUUAAUUAAUUCAUUUUUUCCCUCCUUCACUUUUGUCAUAUAAUCCUCAAACGUGAAAUUUUUAUUUUCCUUACUUUGCACAUGUUUUGUUAAGGGUCCAAAUCUACAAUCAAAUACAAGGACGGCACAGGGUGACAGUAGAGACAAAUUCAAAUGUACUUGCAGCAGUACUGUAAUGUCCGGAUGACAAACAUGAUGAACUUUGACAUUCGUAGGAUGUAAUAAGAUUUUAAAUAAAUCUUAUGGAAUAAAAAGAAAUAUCACCA